UGGAAAAAGUGUGAUCUAAGAGAGGCCCCUCCCACUCCAUUGCUUGUCAACACCAAAAGUAAUUGCUUGCCCCCAGCUGUUAAACCGCUCAACAUCUGCUUCUGAUCUGCCUCCGGUCUCCUCCAAUAAGACAUGGCAGGACCUGUGCCAAGCAGGGCCAGAGUUUAUACUGAAGUGAAUACACACAAACCAAGAGAAUACUGGGAUUAUGAAUCUCACGUGGUGGAAUGGGGAAAUCAAGAUGACUACCAGUUAGUUCGUAAAUUAGGUCGAGGGAAAUACAGUGAAGUGUUUGAAGCUAUUAACAUCACAAACAAUGAAAAAGUAGUUGUUAAAAUACUUAAGCCUGUAAAGAAGAAGAAAAUAAAGCGUGAAAUUAAAAUAUUGGAGAAUCUGCGUGGCGGUCCAAAUAUUAUCACUCUCAUAGAUAUCGUCAAAGAUCCAGUGUCACGGACACCUGCUUUGGUUUUUGAACAUGUAAACAACACAGAUUUCAAGCAGCUGUACCAGACCUUAACAGAUUAUGAUAUAAGGUUCUACAUGUAUGAGAUUUUGAAGGCCCUGGAUUAUUGCCAUAGUAUGGGAAUCAUGCACAGAGAUGUUAAACCACACAACGUUAUGAUCGACCAUGAGCACAGAAAGUUGCGGCUGAUAGAUUGGGGGCUGGCAGAAUUCUACCAUCCUGGCCAGGAAUACAAUGUUCGAGUGGCUUCCAGGUACUUCAAGGGACCCGAACUACUUGUAGAUUAUCAGAUGUACGAUUACAGUCUAGACAUGUGGAGUUUAGGUUGCAUGCUUGCCAGCAUGAUAUUCAGAAAAGAGCCAUUUUUCCACGGGCAUGAUAAUUAUGAUCAGUUGGUCAGAAUAGCCAAAGUGCUAGGCACGGAAGACCUAUAUGACUACAUUGACAAGUACAACAUUGAGCUGGAUCCUCGGUUUAAUGAUAUCCUGGGAAGACACUCCCGUAAAAGAUGGGAACGCUUUGUCCACAGUGAAAAUCAGCAUCUUGUCAGUUCAGAAGCACUGGAUUUCUUGGAUAAGCUGCUACGAUACGAUCACCAAACGCGUCUAACAGCACGAGAAGCUAUGGAGCAUCCUUAUUUUUACCCAAUAGUGAAAGACCAAUCCCGAAUGGGUUCCUGUGCUAACAUGCCAACUGGUAGCACUCCAAUCAGCUCAGCCAGUAUGAUGUCAGGGAUAUCUGCAAUGCCAACCUCCUCACCACUGGGACCCCUUGCUGGCUCGCCAGUCAUCUCUGCUACCAACACCCUGGGGACGCCGGUUCCUGCCACUGCUGGAGCCCAGCCUUGAUGUCACCCUCCUGACUACUUGUAACCCUGGCAACAGCCUGGUCACCCCUUUCCAUCCCCUCCCUUCCACCUCACUCCUUGGAAGCACAGGGAACCAGCUGGGCUUGUCACGUCUGAGCAGUUGCUUAUGGAUUCUCUUCAGUUCAAUCAUUUUGAAAAGGAAAAAAAUGGCAGAUUUUUACUUGAGAAUUUUUUUUUUUGUGUUUUGUAUGUUACAAACUUAGAGACAGUAUACCUCUUUUAGUCCUACUAGGGCAUAUGUAAUGCCUCUGUCAGAAAUUGUUGCCUACACAAAAGCACUUGUUCAGUGUUACCACAUUUUCCCCCUUAAGGUUUUUGAGCGGACGACGUUACUUCUCUGAGCAUUGUCUGCUGCCGUAAACGUAGCAACUUGGAAAUAAUUUAUUUUGAAAUAAUCAUCUUUUCAUUCAAGUCUUUUUUUUUUUUACCAACAAUGGGAAUAAAUGCGAUUUGCAACUUUGCCAUCUAAAAUCCAAGUGGCCUGUAUUGGCUAUGCUAAGAGAGAUUGUCUCUGACCUCCAACCUAUUGGAAUUGGAAAUAUUAAAUACUGGAAGCACAACAUUAAAUGUGUACUGUGCUUUUCAAAGUACUCUGGCAAAACUGCUGUUAUUUAAGUAUCUUGAAAGCUAAUUAGUUCCUUCACGUUUUAAUGUUUUUUGCUUGAAAAAAGCAAGCAAGCUUUCCUCUUUUUUGUCCCAAGUACAGCAUACCAUAAAGUUACUUUGGUUAAUGCAACGGUUUUCAGAGUUUGAACCAUGGUGAAUUUAUUUUCAAACUCUUGGACUGAAAGUUUUUAACAGCUCUGAGUAUAUUUCCACACACACGGCAGCACCAGUACCAUUAAUGCCACGUAGACAACCACUUUAUAUGCUCAUUUUCCAUUGUUUCAACUGUUUUGUUCUGGUUGCCUUUUAUUUAAAGCAGUUAAAGGGAAGUGGGUAUGUUGAAUCCUAAAACGAGAGAUUCAGCUUUUUUCGGGAGGGUGGGGAAGGAAAAUUUGUGGGUGUUUUUUUUUGUUUUAAAGAAAAAAUGUUUAGAAGCAAGGCUGCUGCUGGUGAUUAGUGAGAUGGCAGUUGAGUAAAUACUGUGUUUGACUACAUUUUAUUAAACAGGCCCUGGUUACAUAUUCAUCAUCCAGUUAGGUGCAUUAUUUGUUCUUUCCACUCUGCAUUUUAUCAUGUGGUAUGUGCAUUUGCCUUCUUGGAUGUAUUGAGUCAGACUCUGAGUCAUUGGGGUAACCUUACUGAUGCCCUGUAGGCAGCAGCGAUGAGGGUACUUUUGCAGCUCAGUUGGUGCUGGGGCUUAAUGGCAUUGUGCAUGUUUAUAUGCAGAAAUGUGGUGUUUAUGCAGUGGCCAUACAUUGCUAUUCAUUGAACAGCAGUACCCAUAUACAUUCACAUAUUAAUAAAUGCAGAGCAGUGCUGUUUGUAUUUGUGAGUACGAGAAAGCCGUUUUAACACCAAUGAUCCCCAAACAGUUCCAGUCCAGGAAAUCUUUUAGGAACUAUAUAAGCAUUUUUUUUAGCCACCCAUUAAAUUUGUUAUUCAGGAGCUGCUUUCCAUGGAAAUGCAAAAUUAGAGUAAUGCUGCAAUCAAAAUGCAGUCGUCACUAACACGUAUUGAUAUGAACAUAGACAAGAUACUUUAUCAUUUGUUUUUAAUCUGGUUCUGUGUAUCCCUCGUUGGGGGGUCAAUGCAUGCACUGCACUUGUAGGUAAACAAAUUUGGAUUGGAUAAGGGAGCAAGAAAUGGCUGACUCUCAACGUACCAAACCUUGUGGAGAUGCUUGUCUUCUAACACACACCUCAUGUAAAUAAGUGGCAAAGAUCAUCACCAAAACUUACAAGACUUUAAAAAAAAAAAAAAAAAAAAAAAUGAAAGCUAUAGGAAGCACUGCUGUAUCUUGAUUUAUUUUUCUGAGGUGCGAAUGGUCUCCUAAUACAAUCAUUGGAACAGUAUUUUGGCUUAAUACGAUCUAUAUUCUAAAAUGAUUACUAAAAUUGUUACGCUAUGUAAGUUAACAGCCAUUUUGGAUAUUCAGCCCUAAUUUUGAUAUUUUUCAUUUAAUUUUUCUACCGAAGAAAUUCACAAAUUGUAAUUAAAUUCCCAAUUAAUCAGCGGCACAACUGGAUUUAAGAUUUGACACACGUGCUUUCCUUUCUAAAAUCACAUUCCAUUUUGUGCAGAUGGUUCAUUAACACAAUGAUAGAGCAAUGUGUUGUACAUGUUACUGUUUCACAGUAAAUAUUUGAAGCUCCUCUCCUUCCCCUUUAUAAUUUUUUGGAAUGGAGUAUCAAAACUCCACUAAUGGGUCCAAGAUCUGCAUUUCAAAUUACAAUAACUUAUCUGAAUUUCGGACCUGUGCAAAACUGAGAAUUUUUAAUAAAAGAACUGGUAAAAUGCCCCAAUAAUGUUUUAUGAUACACCGCAUGUCGUAUGACUUGUAAUUUCAUUGGAUCUGUCUUGGUUUACAUUUAGCAACCUUAUUCUUGUCAUGGUACUGUACAACUGUAAGGAAGAUGUCAACAUUUACUAACAUGUUUGCAAUGAAAUGUCAAGGCUAUCAACAAAUUGAUUGAAGAUGGACUUAAGGAAACUUUCCUCAAAGCGUUAAACGUACAUUUGUUGCUAUCCAGUCUUAAGGAUUUUUUUAAUGGUUGAAUUGGUUUACAGCCUCCUUAUACCACUUGGAUGUCAUGUCCAUUUUGUUGUACUGCAUUCUGCUGUUUCUGUGCUUAUUAGUGAUGUCGGAUCAGAGAAUCAGUAGCACAUGACAAAACUCAAGGGUCCUCUUUGAUCUUUGUAUAUAAUCAAAUAACUUCAGCCCUGAUGAUUUAAAACAGUCGUCUUAAAACAGCAUAUAGAUUGUAUCUAUUCUUUUUGAAUUUCCUACCAAAACCAAAAGUAUUUGAAGGUUCUAAAUGUCAACACAAAUCAGACAUUGACUCUUUUUAAAUAAAAACACCUAUGGCCAUGUGCACCUAUUUACAUCAUUAAAUGGAGCUACUUGUUAUCCUGCAGUCUUAGGAAUAACGAACUAAUUUAGAUGUGAAAUGCAUUUAGAUUUGACAGGUGAUCUGUUAAAAAAUAAAUUGCUGAAAUUGCAAGUCUCUGUUUUGUUUUAAAAUUAAUGGGGGGGAAAGCACAAACUCAGUUUAACAAAAUUUAAUUGUGAAAACUUGGUUUAAUUAUGGACAAAAUGGGGUCGAAUCUUUUGGCGAAUCUUUUAACUCAUGAGAAUGCAAAUGGUACUCUUUUUGUGUUGGAUAUCUUCUGGCCUACAUGUAUUUAUGGCCUCCAGUUUAUUUGAUAUUUCUUUGAUUUGAUUUUAAAGUAAAAUUGUUGCAGUCAUUUGAUCGGUUUAUAUUUGGGUGUUUUCCAUCUAAUUUUUCGAGCAGAGUGAUAAACACCUAAGCAGAUUGCAGAGACCAGCUUUUGUCCCAGUUGCCUCUCUAAAUUAUUGUUGUUCUAUCCCUUCUCGAUCUCCAACUGAAAUUUUUGCUGCAUUCCAAAGUUUCUCAAUGCAGGUGGGAUCGGUAUGGAAGUUGUUGGGUGUGACACUACGAUUUUAUGAUUGCCACCUGAGUAAAAAAUAUUUAAACCUCACCCUAAACAGUGUAACUCUUAUGAAAAAUUAUCACAACUGCCUGAUCCAAAUCCUCAAAUCCCUUUUCUCCCAUUCUCACCCUACAUGCUCAAACUUGGUCAAAGUUGGAUCCGUUUCAAAUAUUCUUAAAUUGUCGUAUACUGGGGCUUUCACGAUGGCCUGAACAUACUGAAAAUCUAGACAAUGCAAUAAUGAAUCACUUUAUUGUGACAACAAAUACCAAUAUAGUGCAGUGGCUCUUCCUAUAACUCGAUCAUAUCAACCCGGGGGUUGGGGUGGACAGCUGGUUGUUUAAUUACAGUCAGAAUUUGUAACCAUUAAUUCCAAGUAAAGUGAACUGGAUAAAAAUUGAAAUUAUUUUUUAAA